AUGCCCAGCACUAAUCGAUUGAGACCACGCUGGCCUAGAGCCCCAUCAGAUGUCUCGGUGACAAAAACUCUUCAACAACGCGUGGCCGACUUGGGCGCGCAGCUGCUGCCGGACGCCGCCGAGGCGCUGGCGGACGCCGACGAGGACGGCGACACCGACCAGGACGACGGCCAAGGGCGCAGCGCCAACGACCUCGACGAGGAGGGCCGAGGCAAGAAGAAGAAGAAGAGGAAGGCGUUGAUGAAGCUGCUGUUCGUGGCGAUGCUCAUCAAGAACAAGCUGGGGCUGCUCUUCCAGGGCUUCGGCGCGCUGCUGCAGAUCAAGCCAGUCAAGGAAGUAAAUGAUCAAUCAGAUUAA